AUGAUACACAUUCGAAGGCUUUUCAGCUCUGCAGUUUUACCAUGAAAAUUCAGUAAUUCUAAAGCAUAUGAAUUACCUUUAGCUAAUGGCGAAUUAAACGUUGAAUUGCUUAAAGAAAAAGACUCUUUCCUAUAUGUUUAUGAUGAAAUUUUAAAAUCAUAUGAAAAUCAAGAUAUUGGAUGGCUGGAAGAUGUAAUGGAGCCAAAUCUUUUUAAAAAAUUGCAAAGUGGAAUGCAGGAAAUAAAGGCGAAUGAGAAGAAAAUACAAAUUAUAAAUGAAAAAGAGAGCACUGAUGUGACUUAUCAUAAUGCAGUAUGUUUGGUGGGGGUCAAUAUAGAUAGAUCGAAAAAUAAGAUUGAAACUAAUCCAGUAGAGAAUACAUUCAAUUAUGGAAGAGUGCCAAACUUACUUUUAUACGGCCCCGAUGGCUCGAUUAUAUUGAGAGUGAGUGCUCUUUAUGCCUCUAAGAAAAAGUUAGCCCUUUUUGACAAAAGCAAUAAUUUGAUUGAGGGCGAUAAUAAUGAUGAUAUAGAGUAUCAUAAGUUUCAAUUUGAGAAAAUGGUACAGUAUAAAUUUAUGAUUCGUGAUUUUCUAAAAUUUAUCAAUUGAAAUAUUCUUGAAGGGAAAGACCCAUUCGAAGAUUCAGAAUGAAUUAUUACUGAUAUUGAUGAUUCUUUGGAUGGGAAUCCCAUUCUAGUGAGUGCCAGGAAGAAGAGUUAA